UUUCCAUACCACUGUAUGCUAGUACUUGAAUAUGUUUUCUACAGACGUUGUUUGUUCUCAUUUUCAGUCAAUAAAAUCGAAUCAAAUGAGGGAGAAUCAAAACAUAUUUCAUGGAAUGUUGAUUAUAUCCCGGUCUCUGGAUCUUACCAUAUUCUUCAUUACAAUUCGACUAAUGGUUCAUAUUCAAAUAUAAUUGAUAUAAUUAAUUGGAAAAUAAAUAUACAAAAAUCACAGAAGUAUGCAUACCACAGUAAACCCAUUACUUCAACCAGGAUACAGUUUGAGGUCAAAGACAUAACAGUGGCAGAUGCUGGUCACUACGUGGGAGGUUACUCACCAUCUAAUGCUUUGUCUAAAGGAGAUGAUGCUGUCCUCAUUGUUUAUGGAAAACCACAAAAACCCGUUAUAAGCGGAGAAAAAUCAGUCAAGGUAAACACUGAAGCCUUUCUUGAAUGUGAAAGUAGUUCAACCUCUGCACCUAAAUAUUACAAGUUUCCACCAUUGUCGUAUUCAUGGUUUGUCAACAACACCAAGCUAAAUGGCGAAGUUCGGGAGACCUACAGAUUCACAGUCUCAAGAAAUGACACGGAAAAGAGAUACAGCUGUCAGGCAGAAGAAAAAAAUCUUGAAUCGGAAAGAAGUGGGGAAAUUCAGAUUAAUCCUUUAUAUGGUCCAGAAAGUGUUAUAAUAACCUCGCAUCGUGUAGGUGAAGAACUAGAAAUAAAGGAUGGGGAUUUCUUUGGUCCGUACACAUGUUCAGCAGACUGUAAUCCUGCUUGCACCUUACGAUGGCAAUACAAGAAUCCCUCAGGAUAUUUUGAAGUGGCAACGCAAGCUGACAAAGCUUCAAUAACGUUAUCAGGAAGAGUAGACAGAACUAGGAUGAGACAAAUUCAAUGUGUAGCCAACAAUUCUGUAGGACAAAACAACCAAACUAUCAAUUUGAACAUUCUGUAUUUAUCAGAUCCAGUGGUGAACAUAAAUAGCAGUCUUAAAAAUGAAUCAACUGUUCAUGAAAGAAACUUUGUGCACGUUUCAUGUUCUGUUGGAGGAAAUCCCACUCCAGACGUCACCCUUAGAAAACUUACUGGUGACACCCUGACUUGGAAUGGCAAUUUGAAGCAUACAUGGAUAAAAGAAGCCCAAUGUUCUGACACGGGCACUUAUAACUGUGAGGGGAGUUCUACCGAGUUUGGAAGCAAGGAUAAGACAUUCAGUAUCAACGUACUCUGUGACCCUCGUCUUGAGGACUCAAAUUUGUUCAAAUCCAACUAUGGCUCCAUGAGUGGCCCGGGUGUUAAAGUUGUUGUAAAUUUGCCUGUUGUUGCAAAUCCUCUAGAAUCUACAUCAGGGUUUGUUUGGUCAGGACCUGCAUUUCAGCGUAUAUCGAUUAAUGUUUCACAAAGAGAUAACAUUGUCUACAAACACUGGAUCAACAGCACUAUCCCUAUUCCCAAUACAAAUUUCUUCGGAAACUAUUGGCUGAUAUAUAAAGAAAAAGCCAUCGCCAACAUUACAAUCAACGCCCAAGAUAAACCUCAGCCACCUUUGAACUUCUCAUGGUAUUCCUACGGAAGUGGAUUUAUCAAUCUUACCUGGAUAUCGAACUUUAAUGGAGGUCCAGAACAGUUCUUCAUCUUAGCAAACAAAAAAGAAAAAAGCUGGACAUUUGUAAAAAAUCUGACAGACCCUGGUGAGGGUAGUUUGGGAUAUUACGACCUAGGACCUUUAGUUCCAGAACAAGAGUACUGGUACCAACUUGAGAGUUGUAACAGAAUCAGCUGUUCUUUGAGCCCGAGAGAAAUUAAAGUCAAAGUUAAAGCUCCUCCGAUCUCGUCCUUCUCUCUGUUUGGAGACAAUACCAUGCUGAUUUUGGUUGGAGCGUCUGCGGCUGGUUUUGUUUUUGUUGUGGUUCUGACAGUGGCGGUGACGAUGUAUUGUAAAACAACUAAAAAGUCAGCUACAAAGAAAAUAAACAUGGAGGAAAGACCCAGUGGAUCCACAGAACAGGAUGAUAUACCAGCGGAUGUUGUUGUGUACGCUGCUGUUGACAAAAGUGUCCUGAUGAAGAACAGACAACAGGAUGACGUAGUGAAGAGUGACGUCAUCAAGGAUCAAAAUGAUGACAACGACACAAUGUAUUCAGAAGUGAUAAAACAUCCUAAGAAACAAAAACAAACAGAUGAAAAGAAGAAAAAGGAGUUGCAAGGAAAGAAUGAGGAAGCUGGGGCAUCUACCAGUAACGACAAUUCACGUUCAACGAAUCAAGAUGGUUUAGUUUAUAUCGAUGUUGAAUUUGCAAAAAAGCCACAAAGUUCAGACACAAAGGGGAGACCAGUCAUACACGGAGAAGACGAGAAGACAGAGUACACGUUCGUGGAUUUCUCCCAGAAAGCGCCACCUUCACAGGAAACACAAGAAAAUGUCAAGUGAUCGUUUGUUGUGAGGAGAUGGAAAAAAACGUUUACGAGAAAAAAAAUCACAGAUGAUUACAUCUGAAUUUAUUGGUGACAGAUUUAUCUUUCACACAUAUUUCUUUCAUUGUUUUUAACUCUUGUAUUUUUUGUAUGCUUGUAUUUAGAUAUUGUGAAUAAUCGUCUUAUUAUCAUCAUGGAAUACUGAAAGAUAAUAUUGCAUAUGUACUCAAAUCCCAACUCGAUCAAUACAAUUUUUUAAUACAAUUAUUUGUCUAAAGGGAAGAAAAAAUAAAUCAGAUUUUCAUUUAAUUUUCAAGAACAUUUUUCUUUACUUUGCGUUACUUCGCCCAUCGCUAGAAGUCCUGAAAGAUUAGAUCAUUUUACUUGAAAUUGGGUAUUAAUGUUUAAGUAUUUAUACACGUCUUAUAUGAAUUAUACUAAGGGAACAAUUGCUAAAAAUAAAUUGGACUUCUAAUUCACACCAUCCAGGAUUGGAACAGGUGUUUGCGUGUGUUGUUUCAUAAUUUUACUCUCAAUUUUGAAAAUAGUCGAGAAGCCCUGUAUAUAUAUUGAUGUAAUUGUUAACUCCAUUAAUCCACUUUAUUUUCAACAGAUACGCACCUGGUGUAAUUAUUAACUUUAGUCUUCCUGGUAAUUGAAUAAAUAUAAGCAAUCAAAAGGAUGUCCUUUCAUCUAAUUUUAAAAAUUUAUAUAUAUUCUCUAUUAACUUUCAUAUCAUUUCGUAUCUGACACAAAUCAUUUUCAGUUUUGGGGAAAUUGUCGACAGAUGUCGGUGCUAUUUGUCACCAAGAAGAGCUGAAAUUUGAUCUACACGUGACACAUAAAUGAUGAAAACAAUAUAAAGUUACGAUACAAUGGACCAAAGUGUCGUAACUUUGGGGGAAAGAUGGAGAG